AGCUCGUGUGCACAUGUUUCGGUCGAAGUAAACAGAACACGGUUUCGCAGCACGAUGGCGAUCGGAGGCGAUCAAAAGUUUAAAAAGAAAAACGAGAAAAAGCGCUACUUUGAAGAUCCCUUGGAGGAAACAGAAGAACUAUCGGCGCAAGCAUCCGUUAGCAAUGUGAAAAACCGUCCGGCAAAGAUCAUCUUCGACGAUGACGGCCAACAGCGUGUCGUGCCGAAAGACUACACAACCCAAGAGGAUGCCGGUGCGAAACAGCGAACCGGUAACAAGCGGAAACGUGCCCCGGCGGGUCCAACCACCAACGCCCCAGCAGAUUCCGAUAGCGACGAAGAUGAGGAACAGGAUGAAUUAGCCACGCUGUGGUACAAACCAUUCGAAUCGUACAAUCUGGAGGGCGACCGGGAAGAAAUGAAGGAUGCCGAAAUAGCGGAACUGCGCCGCAUUUGUCGGGCAGCGUUUGAAGCGGAAUGUCGCGCCCGCAAGAAGUACGAUCCAUCCGAUGCGAAGUGGUUGCUUAGCGCGCUGGAAAAGGGUACGAUGCGCGAUCGUGCCAAUGCCGGUGCGCUGCUCGUCCAAACGAACCCAUUCUGCCAUCUGCAGGCGCUCGACACGUUGGUUGGCAUGGUGAAAACCUCGAACAAAGGCUACCUGGAUGUGAUGGAAGUGUUGACGGAGCUGAUGCUUAAAUCAUUGAUGCCACCACACCGAAAACUGAUCACGAUACCGUCCCGCGGUACCGAUUGGAAGUAUUUGCAGAAGCAGGAAAAUUUGGAGAAAUCGCGCCGGGACCAGAUUUACGCACAUUGGCACUUUGAGGAUCAGUUGCGCGAGCAUUACUUUGCGUUCGUUAGCAAUCUCACGACGAUACUGCACACCGGCCAAGAGCCGGGCAAGAUGAAAGCGAUCGUGCACGUUUCGAAACUGUUUGCAACCGUGCCGGAAAUGGAACGGUUACUGCUGACGGCGCUCGUGAACAAGUUGGGCGAUCCGUCCCGUAAGGUUGCGGCCAAAGUGUUGCACCAUCUGCAACAGAUCGUUCGUCAGCAUGCGCUCAUGUCGCUGAUCGUGACGUGCGAAACGGAGAAGCUACUGUUCCGUAACAAUGUUGCACCGGCUGCCCAACAAUUUGCCCUAUCGUACCUGGCGUCGAUUGCAGCGUUUGGUGAUUUUGCCACCAGUAAGAAGAUGGUAAACAUAUGCUUUGCGUUCUUUAAGAUUCUCACGGAGAAGGGUGAGAUUAAUUCGCGCAUGAUGCAGUCAAUCCUAACCUGCCUGCGGAAAGCGAUCAAGAACGUGAAGCGGGACGUGGAUCUGGCCGAGGUGGUAGAACCGAAGCUGUUGAACGUGAUCUACCGGAUGAUCCAUCUGGCGGACAUUUCGGUCGGUUGCCAGGGUUUAUCGUUGCUGCUGGAGCUUACCGAGCAUAAGGGCCGCGAGCAGAACCGGUUCUACAAUGCGCUGUACAGGAAAAUGCUCGACCCACAGCUUGCUUCCGUUGGACCGCGCAUAUCGAACAUUUUCUUCUACAUCAUCCAUCGAGCGAUGCAGAACGAUCCCAUACCGGAACGGGCGCAAGCGUUCGUGAAGCGACUGCUGCAGGUUGCGUUCUACUUUCCGCCGGCUCGACUAUGCGGAGCAUUGCUCGUGAUUAGUAAGGUGCUGCGAAAGCGUCGAAUUGUGAUGCGGGAUGGACUUGAACCACCGUCUGACGAUUUGGUGGAAGUUGUGCAGCAAGACUUGAAUGAAACCGAUCGAACGAACGACGGUCCGGGGGAGGGCGAGGAUGAAAAGAAAGUACCGGCGAAGCCGUUACGAAUGCCCAAAAAGUAUGACGCAUUCGCACGGUCGUCAGAGUAUGCUGGGGCACAGUAUACGGUGAGGUAUGAGCUACUGCGUUACCUGUCGUACUUCCAUCCGACGGUACAAAAGUUUGCUCAGUGUAUUCUAACCAAUACGGCCGUAACGUACUAUGGCGAUCCGUUGGUAGAUUUUUCACUGGGCCGUUUUCUCGAUCGGUUCGCGUUUAAGAAUCCGAAGAAACCACGCACGGAAAAGGACGAAAAUGGGGUGGAGCGUUUGCGUCCGCGUAUAAUCGGUGUAGCGCAGCGGAAGAGCGAUUACACGCCGACCGGAUUCCGUGCGCUACCGGUCAAGGCACUCACCAAGGACCAGUGUGCGGAGGAUGAUGAGUACAUUUUCAAAUUCUUAGAGCAGAAGCGAUACCGCCUCCAGCGUGCCAAGGAGCGUAAAGCAAAGAAUGGCGAAGGAGAAGAAGACGACAUCGAUUCCGACGUGGACUCGCUGAAUGACGAUGAGUUCGAUGCGUAUCUCGACACGCUGGGCGUGCCCGGUGGUAAGGGUGGCGAUGCGGACAUUGACGGUGGGGCCGAGGUCGACUUUAUGCAGGAGCUCGAGCAGGAGCUGGCCAAGGAGCGGAAGGAUCGUAAAAAGUCGGCCGGCAAGAAAACGGAUGACGGCGACGAGGAUGAUGCGCUGGACGAUUGGGACGAUGUGGAAGGCGAAGAGGACGAUGUGGAGGACGAUUCGGACGAUGACGAUCGGCCCCGAGCUGGCCGGGUACGGCGUGACCCGAUCGAGGAGGAUGGAGAGUUUAGCGAUGGUGGUAGCAUUUCGCUGGACGAGGACGAAGAUGAUUUCGAUGGAGAUGAGAUGAUGGAGGACGACGACGACGACGACGCGUCGGAAGGUGAAGAACAGUUGGACGGCGAGACGGAAGACGAGGAAAAACCGGCCGUGAAGAAACGCAAGAAGCUUUCCUCCAAAACGAAGACCGUUGGCGGCGGCGGCAUGGUGAGUGAACGGGAGUUUGCCCGUAAGCUGAAGACUGCCGACAUGAGCUCGCUGUUUGCGGCCGCGGAUGACUUUUCCGAGCUGUUGGAGAGCAAUACGGUGGAUGCGGCGAUGGCCGGUGGUGGAGGAAAGGGCAAAAAGAAGGCCGGUGGCGGUUCGAUCGCGAAAGCGAGCAAACAGAAGCUGUUCGAUAGUCACGGUACGGAGGCGGAGGUGUACAAUCAGGACGAGUCGUCGGUGAAACAGUUGGCCUGGGAAGCGACACGGUUUAGUGAUCGCGGGGGAAAUCGUUUUGGCGGUGGACGGGGUGGUCGAGGAGGGCGAGGAGGGCGGGGAGGAGUUGGACGUGGAGGGCCAGGUAAGUCACAUUUCCAGAAGCGCGGUGGUGGCAGAGGAGGAAGAGGAGGUGGCAAACAGUUUGGUGGCCGUGGACGGAAGUAAGUGGGGGGGCAGGUAAUAGCAGAAGUUGGAAGGAAUAGGAAAAAGGAAAAAGGAGCUGAAAUGUAGUUUUGGUUUACCUAUGUUUUUGUGUAAAAGCUA